GAGCGGGAGCGGGAGCGGGAGCGGCAGCGGCAACGACAGCGGCUGUCAGCCCCGCCACGCUCGCGACACCCGCCACGCCCGCGGCACCCGCCACGUCAGCGACACCCGCCACCCCCGGGACGCUCGAGAGGAUCCAGAGCCCCGUCGAUGGCAACAGGGCCCCCUCUCCGCCGCUGGAGGACGAGGGCCCCGCCCCCCCCGCGGCGAAGAUGCGAAACUGGCUCCGGUCCCGCUUCUCCACCCGCCCGCGGGCCAAGUCGUCCCCCGUCGACGGCGCCGGCAGCGGCAGCAGUGGCACGAAGAGGGGCUUCUUCGCCGCCGGCGCCGGGCUGCACCGCCGAGGAGGAGGAGGAGGAGGAGGAGGAGGAGGCGACGACGAGGGCGCCUCCGCCGACCGGCCGGACGGGAGCAUGAGGGAGGUCGCGAUGGCGACGACGCGGGGUUCGGAGGCGGACGGAGGACGUGGGCCCGGAGAGGUUCCCGCGACCGCCGCCGCCGCCGCCACUCCCACCGCCCCUGUCGCGCCCGUCGCGCCCGUCGCGCCCGCCGCGGAGGCCCCGCGUUGCAGUUCGGAUUGUGAGGAGUUCGUCGAGGCGGAGGACCGUCCCGCCGCGCAGCUGACGCCUCCGCCGGCCUUACAGGAUCCGGCUGCUAGCGGCGGGGUUGCGACUUCGGCCAGGGAGUCACGAUUUUCUGAGAUUAUCGAGUAGGUAACGAACAGGUCAAGGAGUAUGGAACAGGCUGUAUUUUGAUGCCAUCUUUUGUUUUCUUUUCUACGGCGUGGUAAGCCAGCCGUCUUGUAACAACAGUAGGUAAUUUUCUCGAAGGAUGCGGAGAAAGAUUCAGAAACAGACAGGACAACCCUCAGGGGAAAUCGGUGUAUCAGGUUUGUGGCUUGCACAAGACGGUUAACUAUAAAGGGAAAUUGAUAUCUCUACACUCCUGAUAUGUUUAUGGGGUAUAGACUUCUAGUCCCGCAAGACAGAGGGAGCAAUCUAACACCCCAUCGUUCGUUGUAUAAUACGACGUCCUCCUCGCUACAAUGUAAAUGAAU